AUGGAACUUAAUUUUCCGAGAAACGGUCGUUCAACAGGAUUAGCUAAAGAUAACCAAGAAUCUAGUCGUGAUGACCUGCCUACUGUGGUUAACGAUGAAGCACCUGAACCGAGCAUUGAGAAUGCUGGUCUAGACAGGGAUACACCGGUACCUGAUCCAUCACCAAGAAAUAAAUUCCUCGAUAUCGAGGAUACAGCAUUUCUCAGACCAUCUCCAAAUCAACUUGGAUCACAUCACAGCGCGGAGUCUGUGCCCAUUUAUAGAGGAUCAUAUGCUCACACUUCCCAUGCUUCGCUAAAAUCGUAUGCGGAAGCAAUGGCUAUUGUUAAUCCGGAUGGUGCUGUAUUGGGUUCUGGCCAUGGUAAUACACCGUGUGGUCCUCACGAAUUACCAUUACAUGGAGAUCGUAGCGGACUGCAUUCUGGAGUCGCUACUCCUAGAAGUGCCUUUGUGGAGCCCAAAAUGAGUUAUCUCCAGGCAAAACUAGAGACUUUAUUUGGAAAUCAAGUGAAAGAAGAAAGAGUCACGUAUGGAAUAGAAGAGCUGCGUAAUGGUUUUUUUGAUGCAAUUUUCGUGCCACCAACGAUAGUUGAAUCAGCAGCAAAAAGGGAGUUCAUAGGUAAACCCAGUAAAAGUUUAAGUGAUUCUGGAAAGUCUUGGAUUAAUAGUUGGAUCAAGUCAGUUCGAAAAAUAACUGUUCAGACAGAACAGAUCAAGCUUUUGAAAACUUUUUUGGCCUACUUUCUGGCCUAUAUUCUAUGUAUGAUUGGACCCACAGGACGAUGGUUAGGUAGAUACAACUUAUUUAUGGCAUUUGCAGUUCUCAUUCACCAUCCGGGAAGAACGUCUGGAUCACAGAUAGAAAUUAGUUUCUGGUCUAUUCUUGGUAUUGCAAUUGGUUUGGGUUGGGGAUCCACUGGUCUAUAUAUCGCAUCAUCUACACACAGGGCGGCGGAAUUAUUUGGCUUAAUUCAUGCAUUUUCUCUCACAUUAUGCUUAGUAGUAACAUGCUGGAUAAAAGCUGCUUUUGUUAGGUUACAUCAUUUUAUGACUUCUUUGGCGUUGGCGGUUUACGUUUUAGAAGUCGCCAAUGUCAGCGAGUCGACAUCAGUCGACUGGAUGAAAGCAUGGCAGUUUGGCAUACCUUAUCUGUUCGGUAUAUUGAUCAGCCUGGCUGUGAAUAUUUUGGUAUUUCCUGACUUUGGCCAUCAGGAUAUCAUGUUUGCCUUGAAAGUAGCCCUCCAAGAAUGCAUUGAGGCUACGAAAAAUUUCUAUUCCAACGAAGAGGAAAUAAGCGUCGUUAGAGACCUAACGAAAGCAUCAUUAGAUCUUUCCGAAGCUGUUCGCGGGGCUGCAAAUGAGAUAACCAUAUCUACGCUUCAAACGAAGGAACUUGUUAAUUUGCGAAACUCUAUCCAGGUUGGAAUAGCGAGAAUCCGUGCUGUACCUUCCCCCUCGUCUCUUUAUACUUCAGGAAAUAUGGCGACACCAGCCGAAUUCAACCACGAUGGUCAAAUACAUGCUGCAAAUAUCAUCAGAUAUUCUUUGAAAGAGUCUUCUACUGAAUUAAUAGCUGUUCUGGCUAAAACCAUUCAAAUAUGUAUAGACUACGUGUCCUAUCUAGAAAAUGGGAAAAAUACGGCCGAGAAUUACAACAAGAGUCACAAUGAUAUUUUCGAACGACAGCUUUUUCAAAUUGAAAAAGCGAUUGCUAAGCUAUCUCAUGCUUAUGCGAGUGUUCUCAGGUCAGACUCAUAUUCUCUAACCCAAUCACCAGAUCAAGAGUUGUUUGAGAUACUGUUGCAUAUUUACUAUCUUGCUGAAGCAGGUAAAUCUGUCUUACUAAUAGGUAGAGAGUUUCAAAAGACGUCAAAGAAAAGGUCAUGGAAGCUAUCACUCCCCAAUUAUCCCAUGCGACGUGCUCUGAGACGAAGCACGGGCCGGAUUAUCCGAGAUUUAGGUGGUAAAACUGCGAUGCAUUAUUAUUCAGCCAAGAAAGACGUUGAUGAAAUAUUUCAACAGAUCAACGCCAUAGACACAUCGCAAACUUCGAAGGCGACAGAUGGAGUCGUCCCACUUGCUUCGAGGGGAGCCAGUCAUGCGUUCCGCUAUAAGACCUGGGAAGUGCUCCAUAGACUACAAGGAGAAGAAACACGAUAUUCGUUGAAAACGGUUAUAUCAGUCGUCUUGAUAUCAGUUCCAGCUUGGCUUACAUCCAGCAAUUCAUGGUAUAAUGAUAACGAUUGCUGGAUUUCAGGAAUCUUUGUUAUGAUCAUAAUGACUGCUAGAGUGGGAGGUAUCGUUACUGACUUUUUAGUUUUUUCAAUAUUGUGCUUAACAGGGUCAAUUUGGGCAGGCCUAGGAUUUCGAGCAGAUGAAGGCAACCCUUAUGUAUUAUCGGUGUUCUGUGCCAUUUUCAUGAUACCGUGCCUCUUUAGACAUAUUUCUACCAGCCACCCAAGAUCCGGAAUGAUUGGAUGUAUGGCGUUUACAUUGGUAUCAUUAAGUCUCUACGACAGACGUCCUAUUCGUGUGAACGAGUUAUUUGCGUCUGUAUACCCACGAGUUUUGUCUUGUGAGGUCGGCGUAGUGGUAUCUUUGCUUAUCAAUUGGAUAAUGUGGCCGUUUGUGGCGCGCCACGAGGUGCGGAAGUCUAUGUCGAUACUAUUGUCCAAUAUAAGCAGAACUUAUCUUUUGGUUAGUGAUAGAUAUUUAUACAGAGACCAGGGGGAUGAGCCAACACCAUUGGCCCUUCAAUUGUCAGAGAUUUGUGAGAAUAGAGUUCAUAGGAGUAUGUUUGUACUUCAGGAGAUGAUAGAAAUGGCACCCCGAGAACCAUCACUGCGAGGAACGUUUGACGGAAGACCAUAUUCAAAAAUGCUCGAGUGUUGUGAAGCAAUCCUUCAGAACCUUAUCGCAGCUCGCAUUAAUAGCACACACUUUAAUAUUUACGAGUUUGAUCCUCAAGGUCCAAAUGGUUCAAUGUCGCAUCAACUUAUGUCACUUCGACGAGAUUCUGUGGCAGCAUUAUUAUUUGUCUUUUAUAUCCUAGCAGGAGCAUUCAGAUCUAAACAAGAGAUACCUCACUAUUUGCCUUCAGCACCUAUGGCAAGGAAAUUGCUGUUUGAUCAUAUGGCCGAGCUGGAGCUUCACGCUAAUGGAGGUGUUACUCAAAAUGUACCUCAUGAUCAUAUAACAGCGACCGAAAGAAGUAAGCUGAGCCGACUUCAUUCGACAGAUACCAAGUUGUACAACCGAUUCGGAUCCGACGAGAAGCUCAUGUGGGCGCUCGUUCAUGAAACGGCGUUCUCAAACUCUUUCACCAAAACAGCCGAGGAGCUCGAAAAGCUCAUUGGCUACUCAAAACGCAUUCUUGGAGAACAAUCAAUAUAG